GCGGCGGGAGGCGGUCGGGCGGAGGUGGUGGCGACGACGACCGGUCCUGAGACAGCGACGCAGCGAGCCGGCGGCCACGACAGGGCCGGCCAGGCUCCGCAGCCCGCUGCAGCCGCCGCCUCGCCGUGAGGGCCCGAGAGCGCGGCGGCGGGCGCGCGGCCUGUGAAGGCGGCCGGAGCGGCGGGCGCGGCGCGGCGCGACGCCGAGCGUCCUGUCAGGCGGCGGAGGGCGCCGCGGAUCCGUGCCGCGAUGAUGCCGAUGAUAUUAACCGUGUUCUUGAGCAACAAUGAACAGAUUUUAACAGAAGUUCCCAUAACACCAGAAACAACAUGUCGGGAUGUUGUAGAAUUUUGCAAGGAACCUGGAGAAGGCAGUUGCCAUUUAGCUGAAGUGUGGAGAGGAAAUGAGCGUCCCAUACCCUUUGAUUAUAUGAUGUAUGAACAUCUUCAGAAGUGGGGGCCACGAAGGGAAGAAGUGAAAUUUUUUCUUCGACAUGAAGAUUCCCCAACCGAGAGCAGUGAACAAGGUGGCCAUCAGACCCAAGAGCAGAGAACUCAGAGAAAUGUAAUAAAUGUACCUGGAGAAAAACGCACUGAAAAUGGGAUUGGAAAUCCACGUGUCGAACUUACCCUCUCAGAACUCCAAGAUAUGGCAGCUAGGCAACAACAGCAAAUUGAAAACCAGCAGCAAAUGUUGGUUGCCAAGGAACAGCGUUUACAUUUUCUAAAGCAACAGGAGCACCGUCAGCAGCAGUCUAUUUCUGAAAAUGAAAAGCUUCAGAAAUUGAAAGAAAGAGUUGAAGCCCAGGAAAAUAAACUGAAGAAGAUCCGUGCCAUGAGAGGACAAGUAGACUACAGCAAAAUCAUGAAUGGCAAUCUGUCUGCCGAAAUAGAAAGGUUCAGUGCCAUGUUCCAGGAAAAGAAGCAAGAAGUACAGACUGCAAUUUUAAGAGUUGAUCAGCUCAGUCAGCAAUUGGAAGAUUUAAAGAAGGGAAAACUGAAUGGGUUCCAGUCUUACAAUGGCAAGCUGACAGGACCAGCAGCAGUGGAGCUGAAAAGACUGUACCAAGAGCUACAGAUUCGUAAUCAGCUCAACCAGGAGCAGAAUUCAAAGCUCCAGCAGCAGAAGGAGCUCUUGAAUAAGCGCAACAUGGAGGUGGCCGUGAUGGACAAGCGGAUCAACGAACUGCGUGAACGUCUUUAUGGGAAAAAAAUUCAGCUGAGCCGCGUGAAUGGCACGUCGUCGCCACAGUCACCCCUGAGCACGCCUGGCAGGGUCGCUGCGGUGGGGCCUUACAUCCAGGUUCCCAGCACCGGCAGCUAUCCUGCCCCCGGAGACCCCAUAAAGCCCCAGUCUCUCACUAUCACCUCAAGUGCUGCCCACGGAAGAUCCAAAUCCGCCAAUGAUGGAAACUGGCCAACAUUAAAACAAAAUUCUAGCUCUUUGGUGAAACCGACGCAGAUCGCCAGUGUGGACUGGAAGGACCCGAACGUGGAGGGGCCUCUCAAGCAGGGGGCCGUCUCGAGCCAGCCUAUGCCCUUGUCAGCCUUGGGAGCCCCGGAGAAGCUGGGCAUCGAGAUUGGUAAAGUGCCACCUCCCAUCCCUGGUGUCGGCAAGCAGCUGCCCCCGAGCUAUGGGACGUACCCAAGCCCUGCGCCUGUGGGCCCAGGCUCGACAAACUCCCUGGAGAGGAGGAAGGAGAGCAGCUUGCCCAGGCCCAGCGCAGGCCUGCCCAGUCGGCAGAAACCUGCACCGCUGCCCCCUGCGGCUGGCCCCCACCAGCCAGGGUCCUCCCAGCAGAUUCAGCAGAGGAUUUCUGUGCCACCAAGUCCCACGUACCCACCGGCGGGGCUGCCUGCCUUUCCAGCUGGAGACGGCAAACCUGAACUCCCACUAACUGUGGCCAUUAGGCCCUUCCUGGCUGAUAAAGGGUCAAGGCCACAAUCCCCCAGGAAAGGACCACAGACAGUGAAUUCAAGUUCCAUAUACUCCAUGUACCUCCAGCAAGCCACGCCACCUAAGAAGUACCAGCCAGCGGCGCACAGCACCUUAAAUAAGUCGGUUAAAGCAGUGUACGGUAAACCCGUUCUGCCCUCCGGCUCCGCAUCCCCGUCGCCGCUACCGUUUCUUCAUGGGUCGCUGGCCACAAGCGCCUCGCAUCCCCUGCCGCCUUCAGAAAGUGCUGAGAAGGAGCCAGAGCAGGACAGCCCUGCCGCCCCCGGAGACGGGGCCGCCGUGGAGAGCCUGCCGCGGCCGCUCAGCCCCACCAAGCUCACGCCCAUUGUGCACUCGCCGUUGCGCUACCAGAGCGAUGCUGACCUGGAGGCCCUGCGCAGGAAGCUGGCCAACGCGCCCCGGCCCCUGAAGAAGCGCGGCUCCAUCACGGAGCCAGAGGGCCCCGGCGGGCCCAACAUCCAGAAGCUGCUGUAUCAGCGCUUCAACACCCUGGCUGGGGGCAUGGAGGGCACCCCCUUCUACCAGCCCAGCCCCUCGCGGGACUUCUUGGGCUCCUUAGCCGACGUGGACAAUGGGAACACCGCUGCCAACGGGAACCUGGGCGAGGCCGGCCCCACCCUGCCCACGGCCCCGCUCCCGGCCGAGCCUGCCCCUGCCUCGGAUGCCAAUGACAACCGGCUCCCUUCCCCUGAACCGGAGGGGCCCAUCUGUCCCCUGAACACCCACCAAACGGCUGAGCCUGCCGAGGACGACAACAACAACGUGGCCGCGGCCCCGCCCACUGAGCCGCCGCUCCCCCCAUCGCUUCCCCCCGCCACGCCCCCGCCGGUGGCCCCUACGAGCAAACGGACCAACCUGAAGAAGCCCAACUCGGAGAGGACGGGGCACGGGCUGAGGGUCCGCUUCAACCCGCUGGCGCUUCUCCUUGACGCCUCCCUGGAGGGGGAGUUCGACCUGGUGCAGAGGAUCAUCUACGAGGUGGAGGACCCCAGCAAGCCCAACGACGAGGGCAUCACCCCGCUGCACAACGCCGUCUGUGCCGGGCACCACCAGAUUGUGAAGUUCCUGCUGGAUUUCGGGGUCAACGUGAAUGCCGCCGACAGUGACGGCUGGACGCCGCUGCACUGCGCCGCUUCCUGCAACAGCGUCCACCUCUGCAAACAGCUGGUGGAGAGCGGCGCCGCCAUCUUCGCCUCCACCAUCAGCGACGUCGAGACUGCUGCGGACAAGUGCGAAGAAGCGGAGGAAGGCUACCCCCAGUGCUCCCAGUUCUUACACGGGGUGCAGGAGAAGUUGGGCGUGAUGAACAAAGGCGUGGUGUAUGCUCUGUGGGCUUACGAGGCCCAGAACAGCGACGAGCUGUCCUUCCACGAAGGGGAUGCCCUCACCAUCCUGAGGCGCAAGGACGAAAGCGAGACGGACUGGUGGUGGGCUCGCUUUGGGGACCGGGAGGGCUAUGUGCCCAAAACCCUGCUGGGGUUGUACCCACGGAUCAAACCCCGACAGCGAACACUGGCCUGAACUUCCCUUUGGAGCACCACACGGGCUUUCCAGCGACGAGGAGCCACUGAAGAGAUGAUUCUGCCAUUUCCCCCCCCCGGGAAGCUGAAGCUAGAAAUGGCUUUACUGGUGCUCCCUUUAUCAGACAGCGUCCACAAUGUGAAAGCCCGGCAGGUUCUAGGUGAGGCCCUUUCUCUGGUCUGCCCGCAGCUGGGAGAGAGACAUUCGCCUCCAGGAAGACCGACUUUUGCCAGUUACUGUAAAUCCAAAUAAAUACCCAGCUUUCUAAACAACUGCCCCUGUUGCCAGUAAGAAGCCCUGUAAUUAACCCCUGGUCGGUUGCCAAGGAAGACGAAUGCUGUCACACACUUGGGCCCCAAGGCCGUCAUCCCUCAUUCCCGGUGUCACCCCAGCCCCAACAAUGAAAACUUGCAGCUGCCGUGAGGUGCGUCCCCUCGCUAGAGCCCUGCCCUCCCAUUCACUAGAAAUCACAGAAACCCGGGCACCUUUUUCAUCCUCACCACAUGCGUUUCUUCAUCACCAAACGAGGCCCUGUGUGGAGACUUCUGUCCAGCAGUGGUGCCUGGUGUGUGGGCUCCACUUCCUGUUCCAGGCCUCGGUCUAGGUCACCGACAGGCCGUGGAUGCGAGGGACCUUAAAAUCAAGUGACACGUGGUCAGGAGUCUCAGCACAGCACUGCCUUCUCUGCAGCCUUGUGCUGCCCCGGUGUGGUCCCCACCCCUCCCAGCGUGGACGUGCAGCCCAUGGGCCAGGAGGCGGUGGACGCGGGGAUACCUGCAAAGUCACGGGGGCGGCUAUGGGGGUGGGAGGGCAGGGGCCCCGGCUCCCCGGUCCCGGCCGUGACACCAUAACCUGCCUGGUUCCAGACUUGAAGCAAGUAAGGCGCUUCCCUGAGGCGUCAACUGUACGUACAGGCUUUUAUAUACCAAAACUAUUUUUUGACUAAACCACUCGAAACUGUCAGAACCAUGUUGGAAAUGUUUUUUUCUCUCAUUAAAAUCCAGGCCCUGAGCUUAUUUUCCA